UGGAACGUGCUACGUGUUACUUCUGUCGCCCGGUGCAACGCGGGUGGGAUCGUCAGUACACCUUCGCGGGUAUGCUGCAAUGCUUAGUGAUCGUGCUGGCAGGAGGAUUGGUGACGUGGCUCGCGUGCCCCGCCGAAGCAAUCGUUCGAGGUGAAUCCGUCCAGCAGCAGAAGGAUACGUUCCCAUUUGCCGUGUCGCUGCAACUGGCCGAUGAAAAGUGGACACACUUCUGCGGCGGGACUCACCUGGGAAGCGGGUGGAUUCUUACGGCUGCCCACUGUAUCGUUGCAUUGACGAAGAGCAACCAAACGCAGAUCGUCGCACAAUUCGGAGGCCACCAGCUAAACGAUAGCACCGUCGAACGUUUCCCGAUCGUCGAAACGCGCACAUCACGCACGUUCAACCCCGUGACCAUGGUUGGAGACAUUGCGUUGCUGCGGGCAUCCCUACGGCCUACGGAUGCUGAUCGUGCCGGAACCCCGACGAUGUCCUUAACGCUACCGACCGUCCGCGAGCGCACGCCAGUCAACGGAGAAUUGUGCUACAUCUUCGGGUACGGUUCCGAAUCGUACGACGGACCGGUCAGCACAACGCUCCGGUAUGGUACGGUGCUGGCCCUCGAACACAGCAGCUGCACUGGAAUGAUGGGAGCCGUCGUCGCCCCGCCACCCGAUUCGGGAAUGUUCUGCGCCAUUGGACGGUCCGACGCGUGUAAGGGUGACUCGGGUGGCGGGUACGUGUGCCGGAAGCCGUUUUCCUCCCGCUUUGCGCUGCGUGGCGUCAUAUCGUACGGUGUCGGUUGCGGUGCGUCCGGAACGCCUGGUGUAUACACCGACGUCGCUUACUAUCUAACGCGCUACCCGUUGAAUUCCAUCGCAGGUGCUCCUUAA